UGUCACUGAGAUACAAGAGAAGCAGCGUGAUUGAUGACGUCACUCGCCAACAAAGUUCCUAUUGGCUCUCCUGUGACCGGAAGUAGACUGCGACCCACUCUUUUCUCUGUGCUCCGUGGCGCUCUGUGGGCAGAAGCUGCCGUAGGCUGCUGGUUUCGUGGGAAACAUUUCCGCUUCGAGCACAGGCAGAGAUGGACGAACGCAAAACCAGAAAAGAGUGCUGACUUGACAGUCACUGACGUCCUCAAGCCGUCAUCGCUACAGAGGCUCAGUGCUGUAUCCGAGGUGAUUGUUGGAACAAAACGGAGCCAUGAAACGCCAGCAAAGCGUUACGUUUUAGAGGAAUACUUUGAGCGAUGUGAGCAGGAGGAACGUGAUGCAGACUUCCCAGCAGUAGGUCGUAUGCGGACGUGAUGCCCAGGCGGGGGUUCCCCUUGCAGGGCCGGGUCCGCUGGCUCCUGCUGGCCCUCUUCCUGCUCCUGGUGAUGCUGCUAAUCGCCUACAUGCUGGAGUGCACGCCGCCGGUCAACGCCAGCCAGACGCUGCCCGGGCCGGGCGAGCCCUUCGGCAAGGAGUACUACCAGGCGCUGCUGCAGGAGCACGAGGAGCGCCACCUGAGCCGCGCCUCCAGCCUCAAGCGCCAGAUCGCACAGCUCAAGCAGGAGCUGCAGGAGAUGAGCGACAAGCUGAAGCUGAUGCAGGAGAAGAAGGAGCCGCCGGGCGUGCAGGGCCUGGGCGAGAACCGAGACCAGGAGCCCGGCGACCUGCUGGAGUUCCUGCACUCCCAGAUCGACAAGGCCGAGGUCAGUGCCGGGGCGCGGCUGCCCAGCGAGUACGCCCUGGUGCCCUUCGAGAGCUUCACCUCCUCUAAGGUGUACCAGCUGGAGAUGGGGUUGACCCGGCACCCGGAGGAGAAGCCGGUCCGCAAGGAUCGGCGGGACGAGCUGGUGGAGGCGGUGGAGGCGGCGCUGGACAUCAUCAACAACCCGGACGAGGAGGACGGCAUGGAGGAGGACGUCCCUGUGCAGAGGCAGACCUACACGGACAACCACUUUAUGGAAGGCCUGUACAGGACAGAGCGAGACAAAGGGACACUCUACGAGCUUUUCUUCGCCAAGGAGGACUCCAGCAGCUUCCGACACGUCUCGCUCUUCCGGCCGUUUGGGCCGAUAAUGAAAGUCCGCAGCACGUCGGUGGAGACGCUGGGGAUGAUCAUCAACAUCAUCGUGCCGCUGGCGGGCCGAGUCGACACUUUCUCACAGUUCUUACAAAACUUCCGGGAGGUGUGUGUUCAGCGGGACAGGCAGGUCCAUCUCACAGUGGUUUAUUUUGGGCAGGAAGGACUGCAGGAAGUGAAGUCAUCGCUCCAGAAAAUGUCUCGAGACGAGACUUUCUCUAAUUACACUCUGAUCCCGGUGGACGAGGAGUUUUCUCGCGGCCGCGGUUUGGACAUCGGCGCCAACGCGUGGAAGAACGGCGACGUCUUGAUGUUUUUCUGCGACGUGGACAUUCGUUUCUCCCUGGACUUCUUGAACACGUGCCGGCUCCACGCCGCUCCCAACAAGAAGGUUUUCUAUCCGGUGGUGUUCAGUCUGUACAAUCCGGCCAUUGUUUACGGAAGCUUGGAGCUGGCUCCACCUAUUGAACAACAGCUGAUUCACAAAAAAGACGCUGGAUUUUGGAGAGAUUUUGGAUUUGGAAUGACCUGCCAGUAUCGCUCAGAUUUCCUAAACAUCGGCGGAUUUGAUCUGGAAGUGAAAGGCUGGGGCGUGGAGGACGUCCACCUGUACAGGAAGUACCUGCGGAGCGAACUGAUCGUGAUCCGGGCGCCGGUGUCCAGCCUCUUCCACCUGUGGCACGAGAAGCAGUGUGCGGACGAGCUGACGCCGGAGCAGUACCGCAUGUGCAUCCAGUCCAAAGCCAUGAACGAGGCGUCGCACCCCCACCUGGGCAUGCUGGUCUUCCGGGACGAGAUUGAGGCCCACCUCCGGAAGCAGGCCUUCAAAACGCAGAGCAAGACGGAGGCCUGAGGAAGAAGAAGAGCCGCCGCCGACAUUCCCAAACGAGACUUAAAGCUGCUGUACGGAAUUUUAUUAAAAUAGGUUUUGACAUGUUUGAUAUGAGACAGAUAAUCUGUGAAAAGAUCGAUCUCAUCCACCUGAGCUACUGUUGAAGAAAUGCAUCAAAAACAACCAGAGACAGUAGGAGGGGCUUAGCGCUGUCAAUCAUCGCCGUGAACGCACUGAUAAAUGUGCAAAUGAUGGAGAAACAACUUGCAGUAAAACAGCUAAUCCUCCGUCUUUGGUGGUCAUGCUAACUACCCCGUCAUUCAUGACAGAAGAGGGGGAAGAUGAUUGACAGCACUAAGCCCCGCCUCCUGGCUCUGAUUGGUUGUUUCUGGAUGGUACAGGGACAAGGUAGAGAAACAUUUUUUCUUCAGAUCAUCUGCAUCUUAUCAAACUCGCAACAUAAAGACAAUUUCAACAAAAAUGUAAAAAACAAAUCUUAAAGUUACAUACUGUAGCUUUAAGGGGGCGCCGCAGCAAAAAGAUAUUUAAUCCUGAUUGAUGGAAGAUGUGAUGUGUACAGUGUACCAGUUAACGGUGAUUAAUAGUGAUUAAUCGCGGUUAAUCAAUCCUUCUGCUUCUUUUCUGCACAGCUGUAGACAAAUGAAUGUAGAAAAAUGUGAAAUGUGGCACAAAAUGGAAGCCUUACAAUCAAGUCAGCAGUAUUUCACUGACAGGAAGACGUGGCGGCGUACAGAGGGCCGUGUUUUGUUUCUGCAAACUUUUUGAAAAUCGGUAAGAGUGAUCUUGAGGGUCACAUUUCCUUCACUGUCUUCUUGCUGCUUCUGAAUGUGAAACAUUUCAGCUGCUUCUCAGACACGGGGAAGCAGCGUAGGCAGGCAGCAUCCAGCGGCGUUUGGAGAAAAUAAACAGUAAACCAGUUUUGGGGUGGGGGGAAAAAAAUCACAUUAGUAAUUUAUUGAGCAUGAGAACAGGAAGUUGCACUUUCUCUCAGCAGAGAUUAAAGUAUUUUCUGACCAUUUAAUAUUCAGAGGCCCAAACUAUGAAGGAAGAUUCACGGCUCGAUUCUUGGCACUACUGGUUUCCUGUAAAAAGCUGAACUUCUGAGUAAGAUGGCGAUUUAGGGUCAGACUAAGAUUAAUGACUAGAAAAAUGUUUUCAAUGAGAUCAAAAUCUCGAUGUGGUGAUAAUUAUCUGAUGCUAAAGUGUUAAAAAUUUUAUUUUUCCAGGAGAAAUUCUUAUAAAAUUUACUCCUUUAUUCCACUAAUAUUGCAAGUUUAUUAUGACUUUUCUCACAACAUACAACUUUUUCUCUUGUGACCUUUCUGAUAUUAUAUAUUUAUUCUCUGACGAUUUUAUUAGGACUCAUAUUAUUCCGACUUUUCACCUUGUGACUAUUUUUUGUACAAUUGGAACUUUAUUCUGGUAACAUUUCGGUAAUUCACAUACAACUUUGUCUCAUAACUUUUUCAUAUAAUUACGACUGUUUUCAUGACACUGAACUAUUUUUCUACCACUUAUUUAAUUCUACGACAUUUUUCUAUUAAUGACAUAAAAUGCAACUUUUUUCGUUCUAUUUCGACUUCAUUCUCGUAAAACUUUUUUUUCUUGCGUUAUUCCCACUCUGUUCUUUUAACACUUAACUUUUUUCUGGUAAUAUGGCUCGAAUUAUUCCGACUCUUUCUCACAAUAUUAUGACUAUUUUCUAAUUUAAUUUUUUCUUAGUCUGGCCUUAAGAUUUUAAAAGACUCGAUGUUGGUCACCUGAACUCGUCAUCGAUUUGUUUUGGAAUCUUUAAGGAAUAUUUUACCACGUAAUUGAGGGACUGAACUGAUCAAAUACAAAUAAUUCGGUGCCUAAGUUUGUAUUUAUGGCAGAUUUCUUUUAACCCACAAGGUCAGAUUUGCACUAAAAUGUGGAUAAAAAUAUUUCUUCGUAGCUUUGGCCUCUUGAUUUAUUUACAGAGUUUAACUAGGAAAACAUCAGUUUUUGUUCAGACUGGCCGAGAGGAUAAAAAGGGAAGAUUUUGUGUUUUUUAUUGUAGGAUUGUGUCAGUUUAAAUGCGUUGGACCAAUCAGAGGAUGAACUACAGCACACGGCUCAUGCUGCUGUUUUUCCCUGAAUCUAGUUGUUCUUACAUGUAAAUACGUUCCAAACAUUUCAGACUAUCAUUGAACCUGCAGGUUCUAGAGGAAUAUAUUAACUAUUGCUUGUUUUAAGCCGAGAGGACGUUACAUAAAAGGUGCUUUGACUGUCUUAAAUAUACCAGGUUGCUCCUGCGUUGCAUUCUAUACUGUAAUUAUUUACGUUUUUGCUGAUUGUGCAGCUUUUUUAGGCCGUUUCAAGGUUUCCUGGCUUGACAGGAGAAAUGACACGUAUUCCUCUUGGCGGCACGCCACCGUUAAAAGCUGAAUAAUAAAAACAAAUGAGCAAAAAAUGGA